UUUUCGUUACGCAGUUGUUACUCUGAUGGGAUUUGUUGUAAUUUGCCUUCGGAGUUUCCGUUAAAAGAACCUUUAACGAGCCCCACGCAGACCUGCAGAGCCCCGCACAGCCCGCACCACCCGCACUGCCCCGCGGCUCACCGAGGCACAGCUGCUGGUUCUGGAGUUCUGCUGUUGCUCGCAGGAUGCUAACAGUUAGCAUCGCUAGCUCAGAUUAACUGCAGUCUUUAAUAGUCCUGGGUGCGUUGGGUUGUUUUCUCCAUGGAGCUUCCCGGAGGAGGAGCGGUGCUGCCCGGUGGGAACGUCCCGGCCUUCCUCAACAAACUGUGGACCCUGGUGGAGGACCCGGACACCGACCCGCUCAUCUGCUGGAGCCCGAGUGGAACCAGCUUCCAUGUUUUUGACCAGGGUCACUUCUCGAAAGAAGUUCUACCCAAGUUCUUCAAACACAACAACAUGGCCAGCUUCAUUAGACAGCUGAACAUGUAUGGCUUCCGUAAAGUGGUGCACAUCGAGCACAGUGGUUUAGUGAAACCAGAGAGAGAUGACACCGAGUUCCAACAUCCGUUCUUCAUCAGAGGACAAGAACACCUGCUGGAGAACAUCAAACGCAAAGUCACUAACGUGUCCUCGUCAGUGCGUCAGGAGGAAGUGAAGGUCUCCACAGAUGAAGUGAGUAAGAUCCUGACCGACGUCCAGCUGAUGAAGGGAAAACAGGAAACCAUCGACUCUAGGAUCGUUGCCAUGAAACAUGAAAAUGAGGCUCUGUGGAGGGAGGUGGCCAGUCUGAGACAGAAACACACUCAGCAACAGAAAGUCGUCAACAAGUUGAUCCAGUUUCUGGUGUCUCUCAUCCAAACCAACAGGAUCCUGGGAGUCAAGAGGAAGAUUCCUCUGAUGCUGAAUGACUCUAGCUCCGCCCACCCCUUGCCUAAGUACAGUCGACAGUUCUCAUUGGAGCACAUGCAGGCUACAGCCAAUCUGUUCUCAGCUGACUCCCCUGUGUCCUCUGGGCCAAUCAUCUCUGACGUCACAGAGGUGGCCGAACCCAUCUUGGAGGAUGCAGCCACCUCUGACAUCACAGAGGUGGCCGAACCAAUCUGGGAGGACGCAGCCACUGACUGGACGGACGCAGGAGAGAACCAAUUCAUUAACAUCAAAGAGGAGCCAGCAAGUCCUGAGGUGGAGGUGUGUCCUGUUCUGGAAGGUGGGGCUUCACCUGUAGACACACCCCUCUCCCCCACCACUUUCAUCAAUUCCAUCCUACAGGACAAUGAGACGCAGCCGACCGCCAACACCUCCACCGCUUCGCCAGCCAUUGUUCUGGGCUCCUCUGGGCCCCUCCCACCGUCACCAACCGGCCAAUCACCUCCCUCCAUUCUCACCUCCAACUGCAGUCCAGCCACUGCUCAGCAGAAGUGUCAGACGCUCGCCUGCAUCGACCGACCCCUCCCCCCUCCCUCUGCAGGUGGAUUCUCUCCAGACGUGUGGCGCUUCGUCUCAUCACAACCUGACAAGUCUGAACUGUUGGACCAUGUGGACACUAUGGAGAACAGUCUAGAAAACCUACAGAACAUCCUCAAUACACAAAACUUCACCUUCGACACAUCCCCCAUCAUCGAGUUUCUCAGUUCACCCUGUGCCACUGGAGACUUUGACCUGGACUGUUUGGACAAUCUGCUGGCUGAAGACGCUCCGAAAGGAAGUGAUGGAAGCAGCGACACAGGGAAACAGCUGGUGCAGUACUCUGCCACACCUCUGCUGGCGUCAGCUGACCUGCCGUCCCUGCUGGAGCUGGAGGCGGAGCGUUUCCUCACGUCAGACCCGUCCCCUGAUGAGCUGUUGAGCCACGCCCACCUGGACUCGAACCUUUGACAACGUGCAGACACGUGAGGACUCAUCCGUAACCAUGGCAGCAGGACAAUCAGCACUGACUGCGCAGCAGCAAGAGACAAUGAGGACAUCCUGAGACAAUGAGGACGUCCUCGACCAGCUGUAGCUCAGUCGCUCAGAGCUUUUUAGAAUGCAGUUGUUAUUGAUCUUUAUUAUUCUUAUAGACCUGCGUCCUCCUCUGCUUUGAUUUUAGCUUUGUUUAUUAUUUUAGCUGUUUGCUGCUUUUAUUAAAAUGUUUGUUUGACGCUCUCAGCGAACCAGGGUCAUGUGUGUACCUGCCCGUCCAAUGAGAAACAGCUCUGAGCUCAGUGAUGUCACAUGGACAGGUGAGGAAGGAUCAUGGGAUCCAGCUGUUCCGUGUUCUGCAUGUUCAAGUCAGAUUUAGUUUGUCUUUGUUUUCAUGUAUAAGAUAUAGAUUCAAUGAGAAGAAUCUGUAUAUUUUUGGAAAAGUUUAUUAUGAAUGAGAACCCCCCCCCCCUCCCUCAAAUCACCUCUGUCACCAUGGAAGCAGAUUGAAGGAUCUGAUCGACCAGAUAUCAGCCAUGUUGUUGUUGAUUGAUCCACAUUAAACAGUUAAUGACUUUGCUCUCGUA